AUAUCCACCAACCAGCAGCAGCUAGCUGGUGCGCAUUCUGCCCUCGUUCGGCAGCUGGACCGAUAUAACCGCUUUAUCCCUCAUGUCAGCCCGGGCUGCUGGUGAGCAUGUCUUCGCUCAUUUUAACCCGAAUUCCUCAACCGCACUAGCAGACUGACACAACUCCCAGAGAGUUAGCUGUGUGUUUGGCUAGCAGCGAACGGAGCUGCUAAUGGCUGAAGCGAUGUUUGUGAGAUGCAGCUGAAGUGCUGUUCGGCCUGGCAAAGAUGACGUUCCGACCGAGCCUCGGUGAUGUUCCUCUGGCUGCGGUUGGCGGAAGAUGGACACCGAGGACGGGUGGACACCAGAACUGACUGCUGACGAACUUCGAAAUCCGAAGGUGCUUUGCAGACACAAUGGGAGAAUCGGUUCUUGUCCUGAUCUAGCCAUGAAUAGGAGUGAGCACACUAACGCCAGGCAUGUCCCUGUGGCCCUCACUCCUCAGCUCCCCCUCAGAGCCCAUCGGCCCCUGUGCGCGUCGGUCUCCUCCGACAGCAGCGGCCGCUUCAAGGCUCUGGAGACUGAGGAGUGGAAGAACAACCUCAAAGCUCAGAUGGAACUGGCCCACAGUGCAGGAGCGGCCAGCAGCACAGGUUCCCUAGAACGAGCCUCCAUGUUCUGCGCGUCGGCCUCGGCCUCUCUGUCCAGCCCCGGCCCCUGCCUGCCCAGCCCCCCCGUGGAGACCCUCAGCAAGAGCAAAUCCUCCAGCCGCUUCUCUCUCUUCUCCCCUCCGUGGAACAGCAGCUCUGAGUCCGACUCCAACCCACCAUCCCGCUCGGGCUCCAAGAAGCUGCGCAACUACAGCCGGAGAGCGGCCACGGGGCCGGCCGGGGCCCGGGCCCCCGACGUGCUGGAGCCCAAACGGAGCGGCCCCGAACACUUCCAGUACUCUGAGCCGGUCAUUUCCCGAGUAACAGACUACAUCUACGUGGGCAACUUGAACGCGGCGUACAAUGGCCGCACGCUGUGCCGCAACAACAUCGACAGCAUCAUUGACAUGAGCAGCGCGCCCGGAGAGCCGGCCCCCUCCCUCAGCCUCAUCCCCUGCACCUGCUCCCGCGGGUCCCGGCACAGCUGGUCCCGCCUCAAAGUGGACAUGGGGGACAUGCCGGACACGCUGGACGAGCGGCCGGCUCUGAAGCACUGCUGCUUUGAGGACAUCAACGAGUGCAUAAAUGCAUCCACAGAGAAGAGGAAGCGUGUGCUGGUCCACUGCCGGGACGGGUUCUCUCUGGCGCCCAUGUGCAUCAUCCAGUACCUGAUGGUGAAACAGAACAUGAGGCUAAUUGCUGCUUAUGAGCUGCUGAGAGCCAAGUACCCAGUCAACAUCAAGGAGUGUCACCAGAACGUUCUAGUGAGUCUGGAACGAGCCCUGUGGCCCGGCGGGGAGGUGGACCCCAAGUGCUUCAAACAGGCGCUGUCCCGCAAGCUGGCCUGGACAUGAUGUCCCCCCACCCCCAACAG